UCACGCUAGUUGUCUUAACGUGUAUUUAAAUUUAUUAUAUAUUCAAUUGCAAAGACGAUUUUUAAUUGAAUAAAAAAUAGGAAAAGUUGAACCGAUAAGAACUACAGCUAUACAUUUUAGCAGAUAUACAUUUUAGGUGAUGCACCGAGAAUGAGUCGCCGCGCGCGGCCGUGACAUGGGAGCGCAGGCAUGGGCUGGCGCGCCGAGCAACCGCCGCACAUCGCCGCCGGCCUGCUCCUCUUGCUGCUAGUCAACCUGCCGGUAACUUGCCACCAAGACCACCAAGAUGCUGUCCACAUCACAGCUAUUCUCGGAGAGAGCGUCGUGUUCAAUUGCCAGGUGGACUUCCCCGAAGACAUCCCCGUGCCGUACGUCUUGCAGUGGGAGAAGAAGGUAGGCGAAACGGGUCAGGACAUCCCCAUAUACAUCUGGUAUGAGAGCUACCCGACCCACAGUGGAGAAGGCUAUGAAGGCAGAGUCUCGCGAGUCGCACCGGAUUCGCCGUACGGCGCCGCUAGCCUCAACGUCACCAAUAUUAAAGAAUCUGAUCAGGGAUGGUACGAGUGUAAGGUUGUGUUUCUCAAUCGCUCACCCAAUCAACACAAGAAUGGGACUUGGUUCCACCUCGACGUGCACGCGCCGCCUCGCUUCUCCAUCACACCGGAAGACAUUAUAUACGUCAAUUUAGGGGAUGCUAUUAUUCUUAACUGCCAAGCGGAGGGCACACCAACGCCUGAGAUACUAUGGUUUAAAGACGCGAACCCAGUGGAGCCGUCUGGUACGGUGGGCAUAUUUAACGACGGCACGGAACUUCGAAUAAGCAAUAUCCGACACGAAGACAUCGGCGAUUAUACUUGUAUAGCGAGGAAUGGUGAGGGGCAGGUCUCACACACCGCACGAGUUAUCAUCGCCGGUGGAGCCGUCAUCACGAUGCCGCCAACAAAUCAGACUAAGUUAGAGGGAGAGAAAGUUCAGUUUUCAUGCGAAGCAAAAGCUUUGCCUGGAAAUGUGACGGUGAAAUGGUUCCGCGAGGGGGCGCCGGUGGCAGAGGUCGCAGCCCUGGAGACGAGAGUCACGAUACGCAGAGAUGGAGCGCUAGUUAUUAACCCUGUAGCGGCGGACGACUCUGGGCAAUAUUUGUGCGAAGUUUCCAACGGCAUUGGUGAUCCGCAAAGUGCUUCCGCCUACCUGAAUGUUGAAUAUCCCGCCAAAGUAACAUUUACGCCUACUGUACAAUAUCUCCCGUUCCGCUUGGCGGGCGUAGUGCAAUGUUAUAUAAAAGCGAACCCACCGCUUCAGUACGUAACUUGGACAAAGGACAAGAGACUGUUAGAACCUUAUCAAACAAAGGACAUUGUGAUUAUGAACAACGGCUCGUUGCUGUUCACGCGCGUCAACCAGAAUCAUCAGGGUCGGUACACCUGCACGCCGUAUAAUGCUCAAGGCACGCAAGGAUCCUCGGGUCCAAUGGAGGUAUUAGUUCGUAAACCACCUGUGUUCACAGUAGAGCCGGAGCCUUUAUAUCAAAGAAAGGUGGGCGAGUCGGUGGAGAUGCACUGCGAGGCGCAGGAGGCGGAGGGCACGCAGCGGCCCAGCGUGGUGUGGCGGCGCCGCGACGGGCUGCCGCUGCAGAAGAGCCGAGUGCGCGCGCUGGGCGGGAACAUCACCAUCGACACGCUGCGCCGGCAGGACUUCGGCAUCUACCAGUGCGUCGCUUCCAAUGAGGUUGCAACGAUAGUAGCAGACACGCAGCUCGUAAUCGAGGGCACGCAGCCGCACGCGCCGUACAACGUGUCGGGCACGGCCACCGAGUUCCAGGUCACGCUGCGCUGGCAGCCGGGCUACGCGGGCGGGCCCGACUACAAGCAGGACUACACCAUCUGGUAUAGAGAAGCCGGUUUCUCGGAGUGGACCAAAGUGCCCGUGACGCCAUCCGGAGCCACGUUUGUGACAAUAAAUCGUCUUCAACCGGGAACCACGUACGAAUUUCAAGUUAAUAGCAAAAACACAAUCGGAGAAGGAAUGAUGAGCAAGGCGAUUACGAUAAGAACUCUGGAUGUGGGUGCAAAGCCGAAGGCGGCUCCCACAGUCCCGGGGCCGAUCGACGAAAAGAUAUUUCAGAAAGGACCUGAAGGUUCUGGUCCGAAGUCCGGUCCGCCGCGCAACCUGACGGUGACGGAGGUGAACAACGGGUUCCUCAUCACGUGGCAGGCGCCGCUGGAGCGCGCACACCUCGUGCUGUACUACACCAUCAAGUACCGCACCGACGCGCAGUGGAAGACGCUCAACCGGGGGCAGAUCCGCCCGGAGGAGACCAGCUAUUUAGUAAAGAAUCUAGUGGGAGGUCGAACCUAUUAUUUCCGCGUGCUGGCGAACUCCGCGACCAGCUACGAGAGCUCGGAGGAGGUGAAGUUCCCGGUGCCGGCGCGGGUCAAGCACAAGGCGAUCACGGCGGGCGUGGUGGGCGGCAUAUUGUUUUUCAUAGUUGCCAUAAUACUGUCGGUGUGCGCGGUCAAGAUAUGCAACAAGCGCAAGCGUCGUAAACAAGAGAAAGGUGAGACUCGAAGGAGCAGCGGCCGCUGGCCCGCUCCCGACACUAGCUUCGUCCCGGGGGCGAUGUUAGACCUACUCCUCUGCUAGAAGUGUGACCGAUCGUUCUAGACUCGAAUAGUUUAAUUUAAUGCCGUUUGAAGGAACUAGUUUUUAACCCGAAAUAUUUCCUAGAUUAGUAGCUUUUCUGAAGUUAUAACGGAAAGUCACGAUUGAGAAAACUCUCAUGCUAAUGACCAUAUUGUCGGUGACGAAGCAAGCCCACAUAUUUAAGAGAUUUGUAAUAUCAUACCACUAUAUUAUAGUAUACUCAAAAUUGCACUAAAUAAAAAUCGCAUAUCUUUAAACAUCGCAUGCUUUUCAAUAGUUUAUCUACUAAUGCAUGUUUUUCUUUCUUGUCUAACCUACUUUUUAAUAGUCCAGUAAACUUAAUGUAUUUGCUAUUUAU